GUUCAAUAUGGCGCCGUCCGGGACAUGUGAUUGUAUUCAGUGGUGGACCAAGGUCAACACUAUGCGAUGAUUCUCCUGUGAAACGCUGUUUAGAGAGGUACUUACGACGCCGUAGGCUAUCAGCAGUUCAUGUCAACAAAUCAAGAGGAUCAUGCGAAGUCGCAAACUUUGUCACAUGGCAGACAACAGCAGAGUCGGGGCAAGGUUGAGGCUCUAGAAUGCAGGGUUUGCGAGGAUGCCUUCACAAAUCAUGGCGAUAAAGUCCCUCGACUCCUUCAAUGUGGCCAUACCCUGUGCCAUUCUUGCCUCCAACAACUAAAUCAUCAGGAUUUCGCCGUUCUCUGUCCAUUCGACCGUUUACCUACUGUGCUCGGUCCAGGAGGAGUCUGGGAGCUCAAGAAGAACUUUGCCCUUUUGGAGCUAUUGGAGAAACUCCAAAUUGCAGAUAACGGAGACUUGAACUCGCCUGAUUUACAGAUCCUUAACAAAGAGAAAGAGUUACGGAUCUGUUGUGAUGAGAAUGAGGAGCAUUUGGCUGUACUUUACUGUGUGGUGUGUGGUUCCCACCUGUGCGUGGAGUGCUCUGAACGCACCCAUGCCACAAAGACUCUAUGUCGGCAUCGACGUGUCCCCCUGAGUCAGAAGCCAAAGGAACGGCCCCGCUGUGAAUUCCAUUCUCAACAUGUUGCUGAGUUCAUAUGCCUUGAAGAUGGAUGCCAGGGCAACCCCCUCAUGUGCUUCAUCUGCCGGGAUUAUGGGAGGCAUGCUAAACAUAGGCAUGGAUUGCUGGAGACAGAAGUUGAAGCAUUUCGUGACACUGUCAUGUCUACCAUCCUGUCCUUUAGGAAGUUCACAGAAGAUGCUUCUGAGAUCCUGCGCAAGCUUGAGUCAGUAGUCUGUCAGAUUGAAGGAGGAGACACAACAGAGGGAAACAGAGAGAAUUCCAACCCCAUGCAAUCUAUGCUUGGCACUGCACGAACUGCGCGAGAGAGGGUCCAGCUUCAUUUUGCUGAACUGCGGGAACAUAUUGCUCUGAAAGAAUGUGCUGCACUCGCUGUGGUUGAAUCUCACAUCAGAGAAAGACUUGGUUGCAUUAGACAGCAUCAAGAGAAUCUGACAGCAAUGCUCUCACAGGUUCGUGAGGUGAGCACUCAGUGGGAAAAGGCCUUGAUGCAGGAUGAUGCUCGAGUGAUGCUGGCUGCACCUAGUAUGAAAGUCCUCUCAAACUCAAUGGAAAAAGAGCAUCAGUUAUUCACUGAAACCAAUUUUAAUCAUCUUCUUGAUCCAUCCAUUCCUAUCACAUUCACCAAGGCAGUGAUAUUUGUGAUCGACUCGAGUGUUCGAGAGCGUCUUCCUGAAGCACACACUGAACUGGCCAAGCUCAUGGCUGAACGAGAUCUAAAAGAGGCAACACUGCUCAUACUUGCCAACAAGCAGGAUGUGGGGAACUGCUUGAGGGUGGAAGAGAUCAUGGAGUCACUGUGCCUGUACAAGCUAUGCUGUGGUCGUUCAUGGCACAUUGUGGCCUGUGAUGUUCCCAGUGGCAAUGGUCUUCAAGAAGGACUAGACUGGUUGGCAAAGCAGUUGCUGGAAGGCACCUAAGUCCGAGUCUCAGUCGUGCAAUUCCGGUCCAUCUUCGUCCCCUGAUUCAGCCUGGAACCAUCGCUUCCGAGCCCCACUCAGCUUUGUACUAUUCCUGAUGGCUUCUUAGUGCAAAGUAUUGAUUUAUCAUCAUUAUAUGGGGUUUAGUUUAUAAUCUUGUCAGUAUCGCUGAAGUACCAUAUAGAAUGAAAUAAGAGAUUCAAUUAUAAUUUACCAUUAACUGGAAACCACUUGGUAUCAAGUUUAAUAGUAUUAUAUUGCAAUAGUCAUGGAGAGUCUAGAGGUGACUGGUAUUAUUUGGGAAAAGUUUUCCAGUUGUGAUAUGUGAGCAGAUGUUGAAAAUCUUCCAUGGAAGAAUUGUUUUUAUUUGGUUGCAUAGCUUUAGAAUGAAACCCAAGUGUUCCCCUUGCAAUCUGAGUGUAGCCUUUCCUUUUAUGAGGAAAAAUAAGUACCAGUUCUAUUCAGUA